AGGACCUGCACACACACGGACCCCUCGCUGAUUUUUCCCUCACUCGCAACUGUUACGCUCGUCUCUCGUUUUCGUGUGUCAACGCGGACGCGCGCCUUAACCAACUACAGCGUCGUCUGGGCUCGGAUGUAACAAACUGUGUGUACGUAGACUUUUUGGUGCGGCUCACCAUAGUGGAGGAGGCGGAAGACGAAGCGCACGGUGAUCGAUAGGCUUAUAAAGAAGAGGAGCCAGACAGACAGACAGACAUACGCGAGGGGGCAGAAGGAGAAAGGAGACGAGGGAUCGAGUCGUGUAUGGGGGUCUCCUCUUGUUUUCCACCCCCGCAAGCGCACAGUGGUGGAGCGAACGCGACGUGAGUCGCUCGUGGUAGUGCUCCGUGUUUCUCGUGGGAUCGUCGAUUGAGACAUUUUGGGGGGGGGGGAAUCAUCGAGGAUACAGCAAAAAGAAGGCUGGACCAAUGGGUCGUACGGAUAUGUCGAAGACGCUCAACGCCUACAGAAUCAAAAAAAUCGAGACGAUCGGUAGAAUGACGGCCAUGACGCAGGAGGAGAUAGUGGCCGGGGCGCGGACGGUGGCCCAGGGCCUGGAGGCGUUGAGGGUGGAGCACACGGGCCUCUUGAGCGGCAUGCAGUCCCAGGAGGCGCCUGCCGCGCGGGACAAGGCCGGCCUCAUCUCGAAGAACAUCGAGAUGAUCGAGCUCGGGCUGGGCGAGGCCCAGGUCAUGCUGGCGUUGGCCAGCCACUUGCAGAUGAUCGAGGCGGAGAAGCAAAAGCUACGCACCCAGGUCAGGAGGCUGUGCCAGGAGAACGCGUGGCUCAGGGACGAGCUGGCAGGCACCCAGCAGAAGCUACAGGCGAGCGAACAGGCGGUGGCACAGCUGGAGGAGGAGAAGCGGCACCUGGAGUUCAUGGCGAGCAUUAGGCAGUACGACGCGGACCCACCGGCGGACGACGAGAAUUCAAAGGACCGGCCCAAGGACGACCUCGUGGUCGACCUGUUCCCCGACGACGACGCCGAGGAGCGAAACAGUAAGUCAAUGUCUCCGACCCCGCCGUCGCAGUUCGCGCAGCAGGUGAAUGCUGGGUACGAGAUACCGGCGAGGUUGCGUACUCUGCACAACCUCGUGAUCCAGUACGCGAGCCAGGGCCGCUACGAGGUCGCGGUACCUCUGUGCAAGCAGGCCCUCGAGGAUCUCGAAAAAACCUCCGGCCAUGACCACCCGGACGUUGCGACGAUGCUCAACAUCCUCGCCCUCGUCUACCGCGACCAGAACAAGUACAAGGAGGCUGCCAAUCUGCUCAACGACGCCCUGGCCAUUCGCGAGAAGACCCUCGGCGAGAACCAUCCGGCUGUCGCUGCCACCCUCAACAACCUCGCCGUGCUCUACGGCAAACGAGGUAAAUACAAGGAAGCCGAGCCGCUGUGCAAGCGCGCCCUCGAGAUCCGGGAGAAGGUCCUGGGCACCGAUCACCCGGACGUGGCGAAACAGCUGAACAAUCUCGCGCUGCUCUGCCAGAAUCAGGGCAAGUACGAGGAGGUCGAGCGCUACUACCAGCGCGCCCUCGAGAUUUACGAGGCGAAACUCGGACCCGACGAUCCCAACGUCGCCAAGACCAAGAACAAUCUCGCCUCCUGUUACCUCAAACAGGGCAAGUACAAGGACGCCGAGGUGCUCUACAAGCAGGUACUCACCAGGGCUCACGAGCGCGAGUUUGGCGCCAUCGACGGCGACAACAAGCCCAUCUGGCAGGUGGCAGAGGAGCGAGAGGAGAACAAACACAGGAACAAAGAGAACGCGCCUUACGGGGAGUACGGUGGCUGGCACAAGGCGGCUAAGGUCGACUCCCCUACCUUCAACACGACACUGAAGAACCUCGGCGCGCUCUACCGAAGACAGGGCAAGUACGAGGCAGCCGAGACGCUCGAGGACUGUGCAAUUAGAUCGCGGCGAGAGGCCCUGGAUCUGGUGAAGCAGCCAAAGGUCGCGCAAAUCCUUGGCGACGAAAAGGGCUCGAAUCGACGGGGCUCACGGACGAGUUUGACCAACAGCGAACACGAGCAACAGCACGAAGAGGGUCUCACACCGCUGGUGCAGCGGACGCUGAUGCUCGACGGACAUGGCAGCCAGAACGACGUUAGCCCUAACAGGCCGGGCUUCAAAAACAAGAUCUUCCACGUUCUCGGGAAUCUUGGCAUUCAUCCGUCGUCGUCGUCGUCGACGUAGGGGGAAGCAGAGGCGAAAAAGAGAAACCUGGGAUUGUUAUUUUAUCCACCGAUCGAUUAUCGGUACCUUACCGAUUUUAACUUUUUUUUUUUUUUUUUUUUUUUCUAGAAAUUAUUACUAUUCAAUGGUAAAUUUUAGUUUUAUCAGUUGAGUGGUGUGUGGCUGUACUGAGCCACGCAGUAUUUCGAAAAUUUUUGGUUUCACGGAGCGAGGAAACUUUGUUUGUGAUUCUAGACGUGCACGGUCGAGUGCAGAAUUUUUUAUAUUUUUUUCUUCAACGCAACAACAAAGAAAACUAUUAGAUUAUACAUUUAAAACGUGAAAAUUUUAAUUACUUCAAUGAUCAAGUUUUUCAUUGAUUUCUCGCUCCGUUUGAAAAUCAUCGCGAUUGUUGCAAACGAGCAAAUGCGAGUCUCGGACCAAGAAUAAAAUAGUUGUGCUCUAGCUUGGGAGCCUUGUAAUGUUUAACGUACCAAUGGUUCAAAUUUUUGCCAUCGCAAAGUGCAUGAAUAUUCUCCAUAUUUUGUCUUACGAAAAAUUAAAAGAUCAUUGUUGUAAAAUGAUCUCAGAGUUUGUUUUGAGGAAAAAAAAAAAAAAACCCUGCACGAGAGAAUUCGUGCGAGUAGACGAUAAUGUUGCAUUUUGACGCGAGCUUUGAAGUACAAACGGCUUGAUUGAAAAAAAAAAAAAAAAAAAAAAAUUCAUCAUUUAUUUUCUCGGUGAUACCGCUAUGUUUCGCACAGUAGGCAGAUAAAAAGGCAUUUAAACUACUUAAGAUUUCCCCGCGAUUAGAAAAAUAUUUUUCAAGUGCAUACACGUUUCUGAAAUUACGAUUUCAUAUUUUUGUAUGAUAAAGUACAUGUACAUUUCUUCUUUCUAUUUUUGACUGACGUAUAACCAAGAGAAAAUUUAAAGUUCCGAUUGAACGCUUGGUGCAUUGAAUGCAUUGUACACGCGUACGAGUUCCGAGAUCGAAGUCUUCCGAUCCAACAAUAUAUUGUUCGAUUUCCUUACCGGAAAACGAUAUGUGAUGAUUACGUUUCUAAGAGUGUUUUAAUUAAGAAGUUUAUAAAUUUAAAAUUUCGUUACUGAUUAACUGUAUAGAUAUCAUACACGUAUAAAUAGUACGCCUACAUAUCUUUUUCUUUGUUGUCAGUAUGUUUUAACUACUUAUGCACAUGAACAUUUAUGUGUUGUCGAGAGCUACAGAGUGUCUCUUACUAUAUAAUACCACUGCAUUUACGUUUAUGCUUUUAUGAAGAAAAAAAAUACGUUGACUUGUUGAGACGUUAAUUUUUUUUUUUUUUUUUUUAAUUGCAUGAGUUAGUAUAAAUUAAAUUUUUAUAAUAGAGUUGUAUUUUAUGGUUCGAAAUGAAGUUUUAAUUGUUAACUUUAGGAUACGACGUUUGAGGUGCUCUGUAGUAUUUCUACCAUAUAUUGUGUGAUUAACUUUCGUUUGUCCGAGAAAAUUAUUUCCUUUUAUUUUCAUUCAAUAGUUUAUUACUACGUUACUUCUAUAUAUGCGCUGGUAAUAAUUAAACUUUGAAGAUAAAAAAAAACUGCGAGCUCGUCCUUGGCAAAGGACUCCUUGCUGUUUGCUUUUUAAUUGAUUGACUUAAGCAUCGCAACAAAUAAAAAGUGAAAAACAGAUUAGUGCCUUAACGCUAACGAUAAAUUAAUGAACGAGUUGCAGAUAAAUAAAUAAGCUGUAGCAACUUUUUUUUUAUGAAAAAAAAAAAAAAAAAA